CGCAGCUGUGUGCUGUCGCCCGGUGUUUCUCUGGAGGGAAGCUGGGGAGACUUUGGCGGCUUGGCAGACCUUUAAACUUUGUGUAACCGAGACUCUAAAUCCGUCUCAAAAUGACGGAAGUUGUGGAGGAGUAUGAGGAGUAUGAGGAGUAUGAGGAGUAUGAGGAGGAGAUUGAGGAAGAGAUGACAGCGACGACUGAGCACGAGAGUUCUCAGGCCUUCCAGUCUGGCUUGCCCACCAGGAAAGUCAGGAAGAAGGUGAAGGUGGACACCUCCAAGUUCAUGACUCCGUACCUGGCUCACAGCCAGAAGAUGAUGGAGCAGUACAGUCACAACAAAUACCGGCAUGCAUACGACGUGUCCAGAGGGACUCCUCCUGCCAUCAUCACUGAUUCUCCUGAAAUGAUCCGCAUCAGGAAGGCCCAGGAGCAGCUCAGCGAGGUUAAAUACCGCAUGGAGGGAAAUAAGACUCGGACAACAAGCUUGUAUGACGGUAAGGCCAGAGAGGUCGCCCACGUCAAGUGCGUCUCCGAACUGAUCAGCAAGGUUCUGUACAGACAGAAGUGGGAUGAGACGAAGGACCGGUACCUGCUGCCUCCGGAUGCUCCUGAGCUGGUUCUGGCUGUGAAGAACGCUGCCAACUACAGCAAAAAACUUUACACGGAGCUCUGGGAUGAAGAGAAGACCAUGUUCUACCCGUACAGCGACAGCCCCGAGCUGCGCAGGGUGGCCAAAGCUCAGGAGGCCCUCAGUGAUGUUCGCUACAAGAAGGGUCACGAUCAGCGUAAGGCGAAGUACACCUCGCUGGCUGAUCCUCCUGAAGUGGAGCUGGCCAGGAGAGUGAACAAUCAGCUCAGUGAUCUCAAAUACAAGGAAGAUUACAAUAAGAACGUGAAGGGUCAGUGGUGCGAGACGCCGUACUUCGACGUGGCGACAGCCAGGGUGGCAAUGGAAAACUUCAGCAGCAAAAGAUACACGCAAGACUACGAGGACAACAAAGACCAAAUCUAUUUCAUGCAAACGGACACGCCCGUUUAUGACGCCAACAAGAAGGCUCGCAUCGCUGCCAGCGGGGUCCAAUACAAGAAGGAGUACGAGAAGGGCAAAGCGGAGGCCGACUACAACACGCUCCCGGCCACAGAGAAUCCUCUCCUCAGACAGCUCAGAUAUGCCGGCACCAUCCUCAGCGAUAAAGUUUAUAAGGCCAGCUAUGAGAAAGCCAAAGGUUCCAGCAUCAACUACUGCGACACGCCCAAGUUUCAGAUGGACUCCGUCCUUAAGAAGUUCACUGAUAUACGUUAUAAAGAUAAGUAUGAAAACGAGGUGAAGGGCCACUACGUCGGCAGCUAUGAAGACGUCUUCAUGGUUCACUGCCAGAAAGUUGAGGAAAUGAAGAAUGAGCAACUCUAUAAAGCUGACUAUGAAGACAUGAAGACGAGAUGCUUCUUCCCUCAAACGCUGACGCCUGAGUAUGAAGCCGGGAAGAAGCUGCUCCAGUGUAGCGAUACAACCUACCGGCAGCAUCCAGACAAAGUGAAGUUUACACAAGUGGCGGAUUCUCCAGUUCAGCUUCAAGCCGCCAUCAACGCCAAACAGCUCAGUGACGUGUUCUACAAGGAGGACCUGAACUGGAUGAAGGGGAUGGGUUGCUUUGUCUGGGACACGCCAGAGAUCGUCCGCGCCAAGAAGGCCUACGAGCUGCAGAGCGAACUUCAAUACAGACAUGAGGCCAAGAAAGAAUUCAACAAUUACUCCAUCGUGACGGACACCCCGGCCUACGUGACUGCUGUCCUGGGUAACACCUGGGCCAGUGAUCUCAACUACAGGGAGACUUAUCAUAAGCGGAAGCACUUGUACACCACCAUUCUGGAUACGCACGACUACGCCAGAUGCCACAACUUGAAGCACCUCUUCAGCAAAAAAGAGUACAGCGCCACCUGGGACAAAAUCAAAGACAAGAGCUACCAGAUUCCACCCGACUCACACGCCCUGCAGCAUGCCAAGCAGCAGAAGAUCAUUCUGAGCGGCGUGAAGUACAAGGAGGAGUACGAGAAGUUCAAAUCCCUCUACAGUCUGCCCAAGUCUCUGGAGGACGAUCCCGGCACCGCUCGCUGCAUCAAAGCUGGAAAGCUGGUCCUGGACCGUCUCUACAGGGAGAACUACGAGAAGUGCAAGGCCAAGAACCAUAUCCCACCAGACAUGCUGGCGAUCCUGUCUGCCCGCAAAACCCAGUCCAGCGUCAGCGAGAUCAACUACCGCAAGCACCUGCAUCAGUGGAUUUGCCUCCCUGACAUGCAGGUGUACACCCAGGCACGCAAAGUCAACGAGCAGCUCAGCGACAUCUUCUACAAGGACGACCUGAACUGGCUGAAGGGAAUCGGCUGCUACGCCUGGGACACGCCGGAGAUCCUCCGCGUCAAGCAUGCCGGUGAUCUCCAGAGCGAGAACAAGUACAGAGCCAAAGGUAUCGAGUCCUUCAAGGAGUACUCGGUGGUGACGGACACUCCAGUGUACAAGACGUCCAAGCAGAACUCUCAGAACCUGAGCGAGCUGCACUACCACUACGAUUACAACGCCAACAUCAAGGGAACCAACACGGCUCCGGCUGUGACCGUCGACACGGAGAGGGCUCGCAUGGCCAACUACAUCCAGAGUGAUAACUGGUACAAGGAGGCCAACAAGAACCAGAUGCCCACCGGUUACUCGCUCCCCCACGACACCCCUCUCAUCAAGCAGGCUAAGAUGAACAGCGUCGUCACCAGCUGUGUGAAGUACAAGGAAGCCUACGAGAUGAUGAAAGCGAAGGCCUACACUCUUCACCCAGAGGGCGUGAACUUCGUCAACUCAAGGAAGGCCAACAAGAUCACCAACAACCGUCUGUAUCGGGAGGAAUACCACAAGCACAAGGACAAGAUCCACACGACCUACGACACUCCGGAUAUCAGACAAGUCAAGAUGAACCAGAAGCACAUCAGCGACUUGUGCUACAGAGAGAAAUACUACAACACCAGAGGCCAGCUGAUCAAUUUGCCCAUCACGCCCCAGCUGAUGCACUGCUACCACGUCAACCAGAUCACCAGCGAGCUGAAAUACAAAGAGGAUCUGUCGUGGCUGAGAGGACUCGGCUGCUUCUUGUACGACACCCCAGAGAUGAUCCACAUCCGCAACAUCACCAAGCAAAGGGUGACCUACCCGGUGGAGGCCAAGAAGAACCUCGCCAACUUCUCCGUGGUCCUCAACACGCCAGAGUACAAACGAGUGACUGAGCUGAAGACCCACAUGAGCAGCAUGAUCUACAAAGCCCAGAGCAAGCAGGACAUGGCGAAGGUCUCCACCACUUUGGACUCUGUGGACAUCUUGAGAGCCAAAUGGGCCCAGCAGCUGACGAACAACUUCCAGUACACCAAUGUGGCCAGUAAGGAGAGAUCUCACUUCACUCAAGAGAGUGAAACUCCAAACAUGGGCCACGCCAGAAGAAUGAAAGUCAUCUGCAGUGAUAACAAAUACAAAGACCAGUAUGAGAAGAUGAAGCACAGGUACACCACCAUCGCUGACACGCCUCUCCUGAUCCGGGCCAAGAAAGCCUACCUCCAGUCCAGUGAUCUGCGUUACAAAGAGACCUUUGAGCUCGCUAAGGGCCACUGCCACGCGGUGAAGGACGCUCUGAACCUCUCCUACCACCGCAGGGUCACCGAUGACAUCAGCGAGGUGAAAUACAGAGAGAAGUACAUAAACACUCUGGGAACGUGGAAGUCCAUCCCCGACCGUCCUGAGUUCUUCAUCAGCAGAGUUGCCAACGAGAACGCCAGCACCGUGAAGUACAAGGAGGACCUGGAGUGGCUGAAGGGUAUCGGCUGCUACGUGUGGGACACGCCUGAGCUGGUCCGGGCUGAGAGGAACAAGAUGCUGUACAGCGGGAGACUCUACAGAUCCUCCUUUGAGAAGAACAGAGACAACUUCAAGUACACCUGCGACAGUCCGUUCUUCCAGGCUGCCAAGUACGCCUCCACCCUCAUCAACGACAGAUCCUACAAAGCUACUUAUGAGAAAACCAAGGAUAAGUUCACCAUAACGAAAGACGAUCCGAGAUACGUUCUGGCCAGAGCCAACAACAGCAUGAGCCAGUGGAGGUACAGGGAGCAGUACGAACGGGCCAAGGACAAGUUCACCUCGAUUCUGGAGACUCCCUAUUACGAGGCCCACAAACGCAGCAAGAAAAUCACAGAUAUCAUCUACAAGAUGGAGUACAACAAGACCAAGGCGAAGGGUUACACCUUACCUUUUGACACUCCACACCAGCAGCACAUGAAGAGGGUCAAGGAUAUCACCAGCAAUCUGAAGUACAGAGAAGUUUAUGAGAAGAGCAAAGCCCAGAUCAACAUCGACCCCGAGGCUCGUUCCAUCCGUGCCGCCAAGGAGGCCUACAAGAAGAACAGCAAUCUUACCUACAAGAAGAAGUACGAAGCGACCAAGGCCAAGUGGAUCUGGACGGCAGACAGACCCGACUUUCUCAAUGCUGCCAAGAACUCCCUGCAGCAGAGUGAUGUUGAGUACAAGUAUGACAAAGAGAGCAUGAAGGGCUGUGUGAUCCCCGUCGUGGACGACAGGUUGACCCUCCAUAAUAUGAAGAACACAGACAUGGCCAGCGAGCUGAAGUACAGAGAGAAGUACGAGAAGGCAAAGGGCCACUACAUCGCCGUUGAUGACACUCCUCAGAUCCUGCAUGCCAAGGCUGUGCGCUCUCUGGCGUCAGAGAGCAAAUACAAGGCGGCCAAUAAGAAGAGCAUGCAGUCCGGCUCGUUCACCACCCUGUCGGAGACUCGUGACACUGUUCACAGCAAGGAGAUCAGCAAGCUCAUCAGCAAGAAAUUGUACAAAGCGAAGUUUGAGAAGGAGAAGGGCAAGUCCAUUUAUAACAACAUGAUUGCUCCACCUGAUGUUCGGCACGCCAUGGGAGUGGCCAAGAGUCAGAGCAACAUCGCCUACAAGAAAGAUGCCAAAGCCAACCUCCACUACACGAGUGUGGCCGACCGCCCCGACAUCAAGAAGGCUACUCAGGCUGCCAAGCUCAUCAGUGAGAUCGGUUACCGUGAGAAGGCCCGUGAGGAGGCGAGCCACGGAGGUUCUCUGGUCCACCGCCCAGACAUCACUCUGGCCACUGAGGUGUCCAAGCUGACCAGCCAGCUGAAGUACAAGGAGAAGUUUGACAAGGAGAUGAAGGGAAGGAGACCACAAUACGACCUGAAGAACAGUAAGAUUUACCAGACGUUAAAGGAUGCCAAUGUGUUGGCUAGUGAGGUGAAGUACAAGCUGGACCUGAAGAAGCUGCACAAGCCGGUGACCGACAUGGCCGAGUCUCUGUCCAUGCAGCACAACCUGAGCACCAGCAAACUGUCCAGCACCUACUGCUACAAGAAGAAGUUUGAGGAGAGUAAGGGUCACUACCACAUGAUCGCUGACUCACCAGAACAGCUCCAUCACAAGGAGGCCACUGAACUCCAGAGCAGCGUGAAAUACAAGGAGAAGUAUGAGAAGGAGAAGGGAAAGGCCAUGCUGGACUUUGAGACGCCCACAUAUGUGACGAAUAAGGAGGCGCAGCACAUGCAGAGUCAGAAAGACUAUAAGAAGGACUUUGAGGAGCACAUGAGGGGCAAGAACCUCUCAGGGUUGGAGGUCACCCCCGCCAUGAUACAUGUCAGACACGCCACCAAAAUAGCCAGUGAGAAAGAGUACAGGAGGGAUCUAGAGGAGGGAGUGAAGGGUAAAGGGCUAACUUUACCGGAGGAAACUCCGGAGCGUUUGAGAGCAAGGAAUGCCACUCAAAUCCUGUGUGAGAGAGAGUACAGGAAGUCGCUGGAGCUGGAGAUCAAGGGAAGAGGAAUGUUGGCUUUGGCUACAGACACUCCAGACUUCAUGAGGGCGAGGAACGCUACCGACAUCCUCUGUCAGUCUAAAUACAAGCACACCGCUGAGAUGGACAGGGCCAGCUACACAAGUGUGAUCGACACUCCGGACAUCCUCCACGCUCAGCAGAUGAAGAACAUCAUCAGCCAGAAAAAGUACAAAGAGGAAGCUGAGAAGAUCAUGUGUCACUAUGUUCCCGUCCUGGACACUCCGGAGAUGCAGAGAGUCCGUGAGAACCAGAAGAACUUCAGCACUCAUCAAUACCAGAGUGACCAUAAAAGCAUAAUGGGCAAAGUGUCUACUAUAAAGGACACUCCUGAAAUGCUCCGUGUUAAAGAGAAUACAAAGAAUUUCAGCUUGAUUCAAUACAAAGCAGGAGUGGAACAAGGCACGUCAGUGUCAGAGACCCCCGAGAUGGAGAGAGUCAAACGCAAUCAGCACAACAUUAGCACGAUAAAAUACAAGGACUCUCUGGGUCGAGGCACGGCGAUACCGGACCUCCCGGAGGUGAAGCGGGUCAAACAAACCCAGAAGAACAUCAGCUCGGUGUUGUAUAAAGACAGCUCAGCCAAGGGAACCCCUGUGGUGUAUACCCCAGAGAUGGAGCGAGUCAAAAGGAACCAAGAAAACAUUAGCUCGGUGCUGUACUCUGACAGCUUCCGUAAGCAGGUCCAGGGCAAGGCCGCCUUCGUUCUGGACACACCUGAGAUGAGGCGCGUCAGGGAGACCCAGCGCAACAUUUCCGGGGUGAGGUACCACGAGGACUUUGAGAAGAGCAAAGGCAGCUUCACUGCCACCGCCUCCGACCUGGUGAUAGAGCGCGUGAAGAAGAACACGCAGGACUUCAGCAACAUCAACUACCGCGGCAUCCAGAGGCGCGUGGUGGAGAUGGAGAGGAGGCGCGCCAUCGAGCACGACCAGGAGACCACCACCGAUCUGCGUGUUUGGCGCACAAACCCCGGCUCCGUGUUCGACUACGACCCGGCGGAGGACAACAUCCAGUCCAGGAGUCUCCACAUGAUGUCAGUUCACGCUCAGCGUCGCAGUAAGGAGCACUCCCGCUCCACCAGCGCUCUGAGCGGCGUUGGCGACGAGAAGUCUGAGGUGUCCCACGACGCCGACCACCACAUGUCCCUCUACAGCAACGGCUUCAUGGCCACCUCCAUCGGUUACCAGCACGCUAAGACUGUGGAGCUGCAGCAGAGGUCCUCAUCAGUGGCCACGCAGCAGACCACCGUGUCCUCCGUCCCCUCACACCCCUCUACCACAGGGAAAACGGUGCGCGCCAUCUACGACUACGGCGCGGCCGACAGCGACGAGGUGUCCUUCAAGGACAGCGACGUCAUCGUGAACGUGCAGGCCAUCGACGAGGGCUGGAUGUACGGCACCGUGCAGCGCACCGGCAAGACCGGCAUGCUGCCGGCCAACUACGUCGAAGCCAUCUAAGAGACGACGCACCCGACCUAUCGACACAUCCACGGGACGAAAACGGAUCGGCCGCAUAGCUUGUAGCCUGUAGUUUGUAGUCUGUAGUUUGUAGUUGCUCUGUAACCGUCAUGUUUCAUGUGCUGCUGUUUCCUGUGGAUGUGACGUAAACAUCAUAUAAAUAUUACCGAUUAUAAAUGCUACGAAUUACAUUUUACUUUGUUUAAACUGUUCUGAGACGCACCACCACCACCACCAAUACGCCCUUUGUAUAUUUAAAAAACAAUAUAUAUAAAAACACUUUUCUCAAAUAGUUCCAAUUAUGUCUUUAAUGGAACUUCUAUGGAGAGACAAAGAAAAGACGACAACGAUGAAACGACGAAGCCGCUCCUGAAGAGUCGUACGCGUCGAGCCUCAGUCUCCCUCCUUUACACUGACGGCCGGCCACGAGUAGAAUGUGUGUUUUUCUUUCCUCCCAUUGAUGAGUAGCUAAUAAAGCACACGAGCUCCUGCAGCA